GAAGAAUUGACUCAGAAGCAGAAGUUUGGUGUUGUAUAGUUUCUGUACUCUCUUGAUGUUUUGAAGGAUUUCCUUGUAGUAACAUGAGUUUGUGGGUAGAUAAAUAUCGUCCUACCUCUUUAUCCAAGCUAGAUUACCAUAAGGAUCUCGCAACUCAUUUAAAGAAAUUGGUAAGGGAGGUGUUUACGAACAUUUCGUACGAUCUCCAACGCCAUGAUGGAUCGAGUCAUUUUAAGCUUAUUACGAGUUACAAACUAACUUACAAGGUUCGCUCGGGUAACUAUUUGUGACUUACAAUUCAUCCUUGUUUUUUAUUCUUUUUAAGGUGCACUGUGGUGAUUUUCCACACUUGCUGGUUUAUGGCCCCUCAGGGUCUGGGAAGAAAACAAGAAUAAUGUGCAUUUUGAGGGAACUUUAUGGUGCUGGUGUGGAGAAAUUAAGAAUUGAACAACAGAAUUUUACUGUACGUGUAGUGUGUAUAGUUUGAUCUUUUACAUUUAGUUAGUCUGUGUUCUAUGAAUGGUUGCUCUGACCAGCUGUACUCAGUAUUGCAGGCAGACUGCCUCUGUUUAUCUGUCAAUUCAUCUGCCUGUCAAUGUGUUCAUUAGAGCAAUAUUGAGGCCCUGCCAGGGGGGGUCCCAUGUCGCUCGUCUGAAUAUUAAGACGUUGAUGUUUAAAUGCUUCACGUUGCUGUUGGAAAUUGAAAAAAAAUUCUGUUUUUGUCGGAAUUUUAGAAAUCAGGAUUAGCGAUGCGUUGUAAAAAAACCAUUACAGUUCUGCAAUUUCUUAGUUAACAUUUCGUUUAUCGAACACCAUAGUUCUUCUUGGCAUUCAGACUGGUGAUAAACUAGCCAAACCAGUUCUUUAUCGCUUAUUCACAUCUUUGCCAUCACUACCGCAAUUUGGCCGAGGGAGGUUGUCUCUUGUUGUGAUAUCAUUUUAUGCUCUGUCGCUACUUUUUGGGUCAUGUCGCUUGUCAGGAUUUACCCUGGCAGGGCCUUGAUAUUCAUGUAAACCUGUUUUAAACACCUGGUCCCAAUUGUACAAAAAGUGGAAAGGCUAUCCACUGGAUAAAUCACUAUCACUAUCUAGUGGAUACUGCAGUUGGUUUCCCUAAUACAUGUACACUGUAAUUAUCCACUGGAUAUUGAUUUAUCUGAUAAAGUGCUAUCCAACAUCUGAACAAGUGGGGCCUGUAGAUGUGAUAAAUAUCUUACUAAGGCCCUGUUUGCACUAGGCAAAAUUUUGUUUGUUUUGCAAAAAACCCUGUCAAUAGGAACCCAUUUCUAGUGCGAAUGUUUUUUUUUCACCGACCAAAAUUUUCUCAACUGUCACCAAAGUUCAAAUAUGUCUUUGAGAAGAUUUGGAGGCCUACAAUUAUUUUUUGUCAGGUGACACACUUCUUUGUUCCUUGGAAGCUAUCCUUUGUCGGGUCAUCUUAUUUCACGUACAUGACCAAGUUCCUUUACUUGACAUUUCUGGUUAGACAAAAAAUUUCUCAUGUCUCAGAUGCAAACAAGGUUGUAAAAACAAAAAACUGGUGAGUACAAAAUUUUCAAGAUUUUUCUUGCAGAUGCUCAACUCUCUUUUUUGUCGUAGUGCGAACAGGGCCUAAGUUACUUUAUUUUCCUUGCUGCACUGUAAGCUACAUUAUGUCACUUUUUGGUUGGCAAUGAUGGCUCACAAGCACUGGGUCUAUCUGAUAAAACUAGGCUUGUAGUUCGUAAAUGUACAGUAUAGACUUCAAACUCAUUUAUUUAUUCUUGUUAUUGUUUAUUUUUUUCGACCAGACACCUUCAAAUAAGAAGAUUGAAAUGUCAACAAUUGGUAGUGCUUACCAUUUAGAAGUCAAUCCAAGGUAAAAUUAUCUUAAAGUUAAUUUUCAAUGCCAUUGUAUCAGACCUUGCUAAAAUCAAGUUUCUUGGCUUCACAGCCCCUAGAAAAGCCUCCAGUUAGGAUACUGGUCCAAAUGAGUUUCUCUUCAUUAUUUCUUUCCUUUAAAUUUCUGUACUUUUUACACAUCUGUUAAAGCUACAUGGUUACACUAAACAUUUUUACCAAGAGCUAAGACCUUUUACCUGACAGAAAGAAUAAAAAUGCUUGCCUUACUGAUUUUUCCAGAGAUAAAUUUUAAUAUGGGACAUAACCUUGAAUAAAAUUAAUAAUGUUUUAGAGUAAGCACAUCCACAUACUGGUUUUUUGUUCACCAUUCCUUGUCAAAUUAGAACUUGGAAAAAAUGCUGGUUUUCGCAGAGAGGGAAAAACCAAAAUAUUUGGAGGAAAAGCUUAUGGAGCAAAAAAGAGAACCUAAAACAAACUUAACCCGCAAAUGGCGUAAACAUAGGGGUUUUGACCUGGGCCACAUUGACAGGAGGCGAGUGCACUCAGCACUGCUCCACCCUUGGAUACAUAACAUGUAUGUCCAAUGUUAAAAAAACCUUAUCAGUAGUAUUGUGAUGAAAUCCUGAGGUACAUGUAAUCGACAAAUUACAGGUGGUGAGUAUUGCAGGAAAUAUACUCAAAAAAGACACUUUUAUCUUGGUGUGUAAAUCCCAGGGUUCUUAUUAAGUUUUAAAGUAGACAGCUAGAAUGUAAAAGUAGGUGGCUUGGUAAUUAAGUGCUGUAGGUAUUUUCAGGCUGUCUCUCCCUCACUUGACCUAUUUUCCCCCAAAAGUAGACAGCUCAGACCUAGAAGUAGCAGGUUGCUGGCACCUAAUAAAAACCCUGAAAUCCACACCAUGAUAGAAAUACUGCAGGAAAUUGCUUGCCAACAGUUUGUGCAACCACAUCUAAAAUCUCUCUAAUAAUUUAUGUUUCAGUGAUGCAGGGAUUUAUGAUCGUGUUGUUGUCCAGGAACUUAUCAAGACUGUUGCUCAGUCACACCAGCUUGAAUCAUCAACUCAAAAAGAAUUUAAAGGUAUAUGUAGAGUCAGCUCCCUCUUAGUAACGUAGACGUCAUUUGGGACUUAGCACCAAGUAUCCAUCUUAGAGAGGUGACACCCUUAUAGAGAGUUUUUAUAUUUUUAUUUAUUUUUUAUUAUUAUUACUACAAUACAUUCGUACAUUACAGUACACCUGCAGGACAUGUACCUGCAUUACCAAAAAGAAACAAAUGAACAACAAAAAAAGACUAUAGACACAUCUACAUACACUAAUGAUAUUACAGAAUUUGCCCUCACACUUGAACCAGAACUCCCUUCUAGAUCAAGAGUUAAACAACAGCAAACAGCUCCAACCAGUGCUCCUAACGUGCAACCAUUUUGGUCCCCAUGGCAAGUGGAAAAACGUUUUUGCAACUAAAUGUGACAGUAGAGAAAAGUCGGCACUUUGGUAACCCAUGUGUAGGGAUCGCAUGCCAGGGAUUAGUGUUUUGAUGAGUUAGAGUCUAUUUUCCUUCUAUUAUAUAAAGUCAUAUACAUUUGCAUCAAAUAUUAAUUCACCUUGUAAUUCAUCUCUUUUUCACCAUUGGUAGAGGUAUUAAAACUUUUGUCUUGACAUGUCACACACACCAAUCCAGAUACUGUAGCAAAGAGGGUGGGUGUAAGAGUUAGGGUGUCACUUAAGCACAUCCCUAAUGUUGAAUGCUUUUUACAGUUGUAGUCUUGACUGAAGUGGACAGACUAACAAAGGAUGCUCAACAUUCACUUCGGCGGACCAUGGAAAAGUACACAGCAACGUGCCGACUGAUCUUGUGUUGUAACUCAACAAGCAAAGUAAUUCCUGCAAUUCGAAGUCGUUGUCUGGGAGUCAGAGUUGCAGCACCUACAAUAGAAGAGGUAAUGUGUGAGAAUCAUGGUUAGAGGCUGUAUAUGUAUUGUGUAACUAAUUCAAUGUGCACACUCCUCACUUACAACACUGACCUUUCUCCAUGAAUUACAAAGGACCUGCAAAACUGAGUGGUAUACAAUGUAACACCAACUACCAAUACCUAUGAUCUAUUCCCAAAAGUUGACACCUUUCAGUUGUUAGAUGUCACUAUAUUUGUAUUUGUUUAUUUAUUUAUUUGUUUAUAUCUUUGCCAUGUAAGUCCAAAAUUCAAUAAUCAGGGUUGUCAAAAGUAGCCAGCUGCCAGCAGAAAUUGCCGCCUACUUGGUUAGUAUCGGCUGUCUACUCUGCUUGGCAUUUCUUUAUGGAUGGCAUUUUUUAAUAAAAUAUCCCUGGACUGGCCGCUUUACUUUGACAACUCAGCCAUAUACUUCAAAACUUCCUGACAACCCUGAAUUUUACUGAAUAUUAAGGACUGCUAAUUAUACAGUGUAUGCCGUUCUUCAAACUUGAGAUGUACAAAAGUUGUGUUUCAUUGCUUAUACAGCUAUACUAUUAAACAUUCCGAUUAAUAUUAUUGUGAAAAGAACUUAUAUGCCUUGUACGUGUAUUUUAUUGAUAUUCAAAGUGGAUUGGAGUUAUGUUAUAAAAAUAGUUGUUAUUAGAAAUCUCAGUCCUUUCAUAUUGCACAACUCCCCACCAAAACAUCUUAAAUUUUGAUUGGUUUGUCUUUACUUUAUUAAACCCUUAAAGUUGUGAGGAAUUUGUAGGAAACUUGUUGUGACAUUCUUUGGAACAUUUCUUUACCUCCUUAUCUCUCUUCUUCAGAUCUGUCAAAUCUUGCAUAAUGUUUGCAAGAAAGAGGGUCUGACUCUCCCAGCAGAGCUAUCCAAGAGAAUUGCCGAGAAGUCAAACAGGAAUCUUCGAAGGGCCUUGCUUAUGUGUGAAGCCUGCAGAGUUCAACAGUAUGUACUAGAUACAUGUAAAACCCAAAUUAGCCUUCUGGGAAAGGCUGUUCACCUUUCAACAUGCAUCCUGUAAAAUGCUGGACACUUUCCAUUCAGUCCAAAAUUUUGAAUGGAAAUCAAAUGGAACAGACCAUUUCAGUUCGGUCUGACCAAAUUAUUUGGGACAAAGGUGGUCUGCAUUGACUGGUCCUACCAGUCAGACUGAAAUGUCUCUUUCCAUUUAACAAAAUUGUUGUCCCUACAUUGGUCUCCUGUAUUCAGCUUAAGAGUAACACAAUCAUACAUGUGGUGGCUUGGGUCAGGUCUGUGCAAUCAGAAUGUGGAAUUUCAAGCCAGAACUUCUUUUAAUGGUAAGUGCUCUGUUUUUCUUCAAUUAGGUAUCCCUUUACCCCAGAUCAAGUUGUACAAGAAGCAGAUUGGGAAGUCUACUUGAAAGAAACAGCGCAGCAGAUUGUGGAACAACAGACACCAAAAAGGUUAGUUGAUAAUUCUCUCUUAACAUGAACUUCUCAAGGCUGGAAAAAAAGCUUGAACUCCAGCUUGUCCCUUGGGCAAGCAGCUCUCAGAGUCACUUUUUGCUUGUCUAAGUCAAUGAUUUACAUCUAACUAAAGGAUGACUUACAGGCUGUACCUGGAUUCUUGCCUGUUGGAUAAUUGAGCUUUUUAAAUUUACAUUUUUAGCCUGCAGUGCAGGUGUAUUUUGGGCAGGUGAACACUGCUUCUUUAUGUUUGUAUUGUUGUAGCCGCCAUCUUUAAUUUAAUGACAGAGUAAGAUUGGGGAGAGUACAAAAAAACAAACUAGAAAUAGCAACCCUUAGGGUAGGUGCUAGGACAAAAGACUUGCUCCAUUUCCUCCUCUCUUUUGGAGUUUCAACAUGGCAUUAUCGCGAGCAAAAACAUUCGCUUGCCCAAAGAAAAUGCCUGCAUUACGGGCUAUAAAUUUUACAUGUACUUGCCCUGCAAGAAUUUCUACUCGUCCCAGAUUACUGGACAGGACUUAUUUCGAGCCCUGACUUCUAUAAAAUGGACACCUUAAUAAAAUUCUGUAGUCUCUUUAUUCUACAUUCUGUCACUGUGAGAUGGACACUUACUGUGGGUCCUGAUGGCGUCUGUCUUAGAGAGAGGAGAGAGAGAGAGAGAGAAGACUGUACCAAAGUGUUGUUUUAAGUACUGUUGACUCUUAUUAAUUUAUUCGUUAACCUAGGGAGAAUUAGAGGUCUGUUUUUGGGCUCAUCUCUGGUGUAAUAAUAUAGCAUCACAGCUGACGUAAAACAAAGAAAACAAAACAUCCUUAACAAUGAACCUAAUCCUGACAAUAUUCCAUAAAACAAAGAAAACAAAUAAAUUAUAUUACACCAGGGAUGACCCUGUUUUCGUGGCAUUGUACCAGCUAGCAACAUAAAUUAGGGUCAGUUUUAGUCUAGGCAGCAAUUCAAGAGUCUAGGGCACAUUUGUUACGAUUGUGUUUGUGAUUAUCCAACCUUACUACCACCGGUUAAGGAGAAUCACAUGACAGUGCACUGUACAAUAAAAUUUAGAUCUAGUAUUAUUAUCAUUUUUUUGUUUUUAUGCUUUGUGUUGUAUUUAUCUAUUUAGGUUGAUGGAAAUACGUAGCAGACUGUAUGAACUGCUCACCCACUGCAUUCCCCCUGAUAUCAUUUUAAAGGUAAGCACAGAUUUUCCAAUCAAUCAAAGCUAUCUUAAAGAACACAAAAUCUAGCCUGUGAGCAAGCUCUCUGGGGCACUCUGGCAGCGGGGUGGGGAAAGGAAGGAGAGCUUGCAACUAUUUCUGGGGAAUUUGAAUUUCGCCUCCAAUUCCCCUGUGGCUUCCUGUCGACUGAGCUGUCAGAUUUCCGCCAAUCAGCACGAAGCGGAAACAAGUGCAAAUGUAAACAAACAUUGAAAAGCAUGUGAAAGCAUGUGCCAAGGGUAAUGACGUCAUUUCUAAUGUCAUCUCCACCAAUCAGCACUUUGCAUCGAUUUUUUCGAUGCAGAUAUUCGAAUUCAAGAGACGUAGUUGCAAUCUAUCCUUUCUCUUCCCACCCUGGAGUGCUGGCUCGCAGGCUACCCAAAAUACAAAGAUUUGACAUGUCACUUACUGUGAAACGGUUUCUUACAACCUUUUUGAAAGGUUCCAGCUACAUGUACAACUAUACAUGGUUCAGCUGGAAAGGCUGUUUUUGCCACAGUUAAAACUUCACAUGCAAUCAUCUUUUCAAAACGCCAAAAUUUUCGACUGCAUUGGACAACCCUUUUAAAAAUGUCCCAUUACCUUCCUUAAACAACAGUGAAAUUUAAAGAAAUAUUUUAUUUUCAAGGGCUUGAUAUCUGAAUUAGUGGCCAACUGUGAUGGCAGUUUAAAAGCCGAAGUAACAAGUAUGGCGGCCCACUAUGAACAUCGCAUUCACCAGGGAAACAAAGCCAUCUACCAUCUGGAGGCAUUUGUUGCCAAAUUCAUGAGUAUUUACAAGCGGUUUUUAGAGGAAGGAAUGGCUGAUUUGUUUUAG